AAGGAAAUACGUCAUCACAAGUGUGUUUUUCGCGCGGUUUGACUUCUACAACAAGCCGGAAUUCCGCAGCAAACACAUUUAAAGGUUAAACCAUAAAGCGUAUAAAAUGUCGGGUGUGUUCGAGUCUCCAAAAACCAGAAUAAACGCCUCGAUGCUUUCUCAGCACGUGAGCCGGCCAGUGAGCUUCAUAGGACGCGUGGAAAAGGUCCAUCCAAGCGGUAAAUCAUUCACGCUGACGGAUGGAGAGGGAAAGAACGCGUCUGUGGAGCUGAGUAACCCGCUGGAAGAAGAGCUGAGCGGAAUAGUGGAGGUCGUGGGCAUGGUGUCGAAUAAAGGCACCAUCAUGGCUGUGGCGUACAACAUGCUCAGGGACGAAAAAGGAAUUUCAUUUGAUUUGGAGCUGUAUAACGAGGCCCUGAAAGUCAUUCACGAUUUCCCACAGCAUUACCCAUUCGAGGUGUCGUUGAGCGGAUAAACUUCACAUGGUUAAACACGAGCAGAUAAAUAAUAACAACAUCCUUUGCUGCUUUUUUUUGUCUCUGUGAUUUCCCCCCUUCUUUUAUUGUGUACGUAAUAUUUGCUUUGUAAAUAAUCUGAAGCUGUUGAAAGCCGUUGUGAGAGACUGUGAGUGAGUUUUUGGUUUUGAUUUGUAAUGUUAAGCUCCACUGAAUCGAAUUAAAGCCUCUCUGAAUUGAAUUCAAGCUCCACUGAGUCAGACUAAAGAUUCACCUUGAGUUAACAUCAUUGAGUCGAGCUAAUACGUUACUGAAUCAAAUGAAAUAUUCACUGAAUCAAAUUGAAGAUUCACCAAAUCACACUGAAGCUUCACUGAGUCACAUUUAAUGAUUCACUGAAUCAAAUUGAAGAUUCACCAAAUCACACUGAAGCUUCACUGAGUCAAAAUUGAAGAUUCACUGAAUCAAAUAGAAGAUUCACUGAUUCAAAUUUAAGGAUUCACUGAAUCAAAUUGAAGAUUACCAAAUCACACUGAAGCUUCACUGAGUCAAAGUUGAAGAUUCACUGAAUCAAAUUGAAUGUUCACUGGUUUAAACUGAAGAUUCACCAAAUCACACUGAAGCUUCACUGAGUCACAUUUAAUGAUUCACUGAAUCAAAUUGAAGAUUCACCAAAUCACACUGAAGCUUCACUGAGUCAAAAUUGAAGAUUCACUGAAUCAAAUAGAAGAUUCACUGAGUAAAAUUUAAGGAUUCAUUGAGUCAAAUUGAAGAUUCACUGAUUCAAAUUGAAGAUUCACUGAGUCAAAUUUAAGGAUUCACUGAAUCAAAUUGAAGAUUCACCAAAUCACACUGAAGCUUCACUGAAUCAAAUUGAAUGUUCACUGAUUCAAUUUGAAGAUUCACUGAGUCAAGUUUAAGGAUUCACUGAGUCAAAUUGAAGAUUCACUGAUUCAAAUUGAAGAUUCACCAAGUCACAUUGAAGAUUCACUGAAUCAGACUAAAGCUUUGCCUAGAUGAAUCAAAUUGAUGCACUAAUUUGCAUCAGGAAAACAUCAAAUCAAAACUAAAUUCACUCUGUCAUCAUUUUCUUACUCGUUCUUCUAUUACUUAUUCAGUGUUACCCCAGUUGACUGUGUAUCCUUAGAGUUCACUGUCCAGUGUCCUCCAAUAAGGAAUAGAUAACAGGGUCAGAAAUAUUUAUCAGUACAUCAUUAACAUGACGUCAUUUCUCUGUCUGUUAUUGUGGAUAACGUUUUGUUUCUAUUGGGUCCAGACUGAUUACAACGAACAUGAUGAGGGAUAUCACCCUGCCUUACCUUGCCUCUAACUGAUAUUUACAUAACCUUUAACAUGAAAUAAAUUCAAAAUGAUGACAUACACUAACACCAUGCAGCCUGUAGAUGGCGACAUACACAAAACAUCUCCGAGACAGAAUCAUGAACUAAAAGCCACCGUUUUAUCCCAAAGACUAAAUAAUUCUCAUAAUCAGAGACUAAAUAAAGUUUAAAGUAAAUAAACAGGAAGUUUCACCUCAUAUCUGAGCUUCACUUUCCUGUAGCACUGACUUGUGCCUAAUUUGACACUUUUCCUUUUGUUUUUUGAGUCAUUUUAAAAGCAAGGAAAAUAUUUCAACAUGAUUGUGAAAAUAUUUCAACAUGAUUGUGAAAAUAUUUCAACAUGAUUGUGAAAAUAUUUCAGCAUGAUUGUG